AUGGCCUAUGAUAAUACCUCUGGAAGGACUUGGUUUGAUACUCCAAACGUGCAAUUCAGCGAUGUUACGAUCUCCAUUGAUCAGGAAGUCUCGACAACUGAAUUUCUUGAAGCAACAGAGAGCAUGACGACAAUCUUCGACCUUCUAGGAUCCGCAAUGUUCACGCCUAUAAAGCAAGACCUGCUUUUCAAUGUGCGUAGAGUACGUACAAGACAACAACAAGCGCCAGAGGCCUCCGGGACUUUACAAUCAUUAGUUAGAGCCGAACUUUCUCUCAAGGCCCAACCGGCGACCGAAGGCAUUAUAUGGAUCGUGCGAGCUCUGGAUUUUAUGACCGAGGUUUUCAUGAUCGAAAUGCAAGUGGCCGCAUCCGAAGCAUCAGCAAAAUGCAACAACAAAGAGUUGGCCAAUUCAUUCAAGGAGAGCUACGAGACUACCCUUCAGCCUUAUCACAAUGCCUUCAUUCGACUGAUCUUCAAGGCUGCGUUGAAUGCCGCGCCGAAACGCCGAAACUUCUAUCAAGCAUUAAUUGGGGAACAUGGCGAUCCAGAGACUGGUGAUACUAAAAUGAAGCAAUGGGCUACGUCUUUGAAAAGGAUUGUGACGAUUUUGAAACAGUUCUUAGCAAGCGAUGAAGCGCUGAACAAAUGGGCUAAGACAAAAGUCUGA